UUGAAGGAUAAUUGGAAUUUCUGAAUUUCAGUAAAAAAUCAAUUUGUAUUUUGUCGGCAAAAUUUUAAUUUAGAGUGUAGAUGUGACGACAGCCUAAAGUGAUUUAAAUUAACACUUUACAAUUAUUCGUGAAGUUAAAAUGGUUAAAAUAUUAUUUCUCCACCCGGAUUUAGGCAUUGGUGGGGCCGAGCGUUUAGUGUUAGAUGCCGCAUUGGCCUUCAGAAGCAAAGGCCACGAAGUCGCUUUUUACACAAAUCAUCAUGAUCCUACGCAUUGCUUCACCGAAACCAAAGAUGGCACUUUUCCCGUGACUGUAAUUGGCGAUUGGAUUCCACGUUCUAUAUUCGGUAGAUUCAAAGCAGCGUGCGCUUACGCUCGUAUGAUGUUCGCCGCUGCCUAUUUAGCUUGGUAUGUCAUUCCAGCAGAAGAGCCGACGAUAAUUUUCUGUGAUCUAAUAUCAUUAUGCAUUCCAUUUUUAAAAUUAGCCAGAGGACCUUUUAGAGUAGUAUUUUACUGUCAUCAUCCGGAUAAACUUCUUACCACUGAAGGCGGUUUACUGAAAAAAGUGUAUAGAGCUCCAUUAAAUUGGUUAGAAGAAUUUACUACAGCUCGUGCAGAUAAAGUUCUGGUGAACAGUAAAUACACAGCUAGAGUAUACCAAGAUGCAUUUCAAAAAAUCAAAGAUGUCCCUGAUAUAUGCUAUCCAUCAAUAAAUACAGAAUUCUUUAAGAGAACUGUACCAAAAUGCUUGAAGGAGAUUGUACCCGUGGGAAGUGACAAGUUCACUUUCCUCUCAAUAAACAGAUAUGAAAGAAAAAAGAAUUUAAAGUUAGCUUUACAAUCAUUAGCAGAAUUAAAGCAUAUUAUUGAUGACUCCGACUGGGAUAGAGUUCAUUUAAUAAUGGCUGGUGGUUUUGAUCCCAUUAAUUUGGAAAAUAUAGAACAUUUUAUGGAACUUACUGACCUAGCAGCAGAACUUGAUCUAGUGGACAAAGUAACAUUCAUGAAAUCUCCUAAAGAUGUAGAAAAAGUAUCUCUCUUAUAUAAUUGUAAGGCAUUAAUAUACACACCCUCCAAUGAACAUUUUGGAAUAGUGCCUUUAGAAGCAAUGUAUUAUAGUAAACCAGUUAUUGCUGUGAAUAGUGGAGGCCCGACAGAGACUAUUGUUAAUGAUGUUACAGGAUUCCUUUGCGAACCAAACUGUCAGUCGUUUGCUGAUGCCAUGAGCAUGUUAAUAGUGAAUCCAGAAUUAUGUGAAAGACUUGGUGAAGCAGGAAGGAAAAGGUUUGAAACUAAAUUCUCUUUUGAAGCUUUCACAAAUCAGCUGGAUGGAAUACUAACGAGAGAAAGGCAGCUCAUCUCCGAGGCGAGAGCCAUUGAAUAUGAAAGAAAGCAUAAAUAACAUGAUGCCGACACUCCAACAAUAUUUGACAUUGUUUGAGUGUUGAAUUCAAUUUGAUCUCCUGUGAUGACAAUUACUAAUAGAAAAACAAUCAUUAUUAUCUAUUUACUCAAAAAAAAAAUCUAGUUCUGAACAAAUAAUCUUCUAAAAUAUUAUUUUAUAUUUCCAACAAAAAAAAAGUCAUCACAUUACUAGCAUUUGUCUUCUUUGAAUAUCGAAAAUCGUGGCUUAAUAAAAAAUAAGUUAAAUAUAAGCUAAUUAUCUGAUUAUAGCAUUUUUGUAUUACAAUUAUUUGGAAUUAAAGUCUUUAGUAUAAAGUGUUUCUCAGUAGCACAGAUUAGAGGUUUUAUGAAGAUAAAACACUGUUUUGUAAUAAUAGUUGAAUAGUACACAAUAAUAUUACUUUAUAUUAGAUGUAAGUUUUGUUUUUUAUAUAUGUAGAAUAUUAUUUUUCUAUUUCUGUAAUUUUACAUAGAUGAGUUUGACGAGGACUUAUAAAUAUAUAUAUGUAUAAACAAAAUAUUUCUCUACCUAAAGGUACAUGAUGCUUUAUAAAUAACCUAUACUAUACUUAAUUACUAUACUAUAAGUACUACAGUCUCUACAGAUAUUUCUCAAAUAAUUGCUACAUAUUUAUUAGAAAAUAUAUUUUUCUGUAAAAUGUGAAUAUUAAUGUUUAGAUUUAUAGCAAAAAAACAAAAAGAUAGUUGAAUUAUAUAUAUAUUUUAAUA